CACGAAUAUUCAGCAUCAAUCACAAACCAUCCUUUUCUAUUAAACAAAUAAUACAUUUCUCUUUGGCCCAUCCUUCGAAGAUAUACUCACAAUGAAAUUCCUUUCAACUGCAGGCCAUUUGAGUCUUUUAACAAUGGCUGCGGCUAAAACAGUAUCCAUUACCAGAUAUCAUUAUGUGACGGUUGAUAUGAGCGGGAAUAUUAUUGGAUCUUCUAUUGUCCUCUCUCAGCAAAGCCAGAGCACUGCUCCUGUUACUGUAUCUGCUUUUGAUGAUGUGGCUGCUGUAGGAGCCACCACCGCCACAACUGUUGAAACAUACUCACCAUCUCUCGUCAAUCUUGGGUUUGACCUCGAAGAAACAACAAUUGUUACGUCUCCCACUGUAUCUACAAUUGCAACAAGCCAAACCAAUUCGGAUGCCGCCAUAGAAACAAAUCAGCAAGCUACGAAAACAAGUCAAGCUACGUCCGCUUCGGUAUCAACAGGUGAUUCUGAAUCCAGCAUUUACAGUGAAAUUUCCUCAUCUGGAGUAGACGCGGAAUUUGCGAAGGCUAUUUUAGAUGCGCAUAAUGAAAAGAGAGAGGCACAUUCAGCUUCUGGUUUAUCCUGGUCAGCAAAUCUUUUUACUUACGCCCAGAAUUAUGCUGAUUCGUAUACUUGCGGGGGCUCUUUGGUCCAUAGCGGGGAUUCUUAUGGAGAGAACUUAGCCUAUGGAUACUCAACUGGUGUGGCUGCUCUUGAAGCUUGGUAUUCUGAGGGCACCGGUUAUGACUACAGCACCUCUACCGUUCUUGACCAUUUCACACAAGUUAUAUGGCAAAGUACCACAGAGUUAGGAUGUGCCUACAAGUCUUGCAGUGGGGGGCUAUACGUAAUUUGCUCGUAUAACCCAGCAGGCAAUUACGUCGGUGAAGGAUUAGAAAAUCUUUCUGCGGACUGAUGUAACUUGGUUGAACGAGUUUUUUUAAGUAAAAAUAGUAAAAUGAAGGUUAGUUUUAAAUAACUUUAGGGAUCUACUGAGAUGAAGGAAACAGGUCAAUCUGCAUUGUAAACCCGG